AUGUUUGUCCCUCAUUACUUAAGCGGUGAACAAAAGCAGCAGCGAUUGGACUCCUGUGGUGACUUCAUCAAUGCAACAGAUAAAGAUGACACAUUUUUACAGUCAAUCGUCAAAGGAGAUAAAUGUGGUAUUUUGUGUAUGAUUCACAAAAUGAAAUGCCAAAGCAUGGAGUAUCGCAGUCCCUCUUCACCGAAAUCGAGAAAGUUUCGUUUCGAAAAGUCAAAAGUUAAGACAAUGUUGAUUACCUUUUUCGAUGCACAGGAAAUUAUCCAUAAAGAAUACCAAACAGUUAAUGGUGAAUUUUAUUACCAUGUUAUGAAGCACCUCCUGGCUCGCAUUCGUGAUGUUCGGCCCCAUCUCGCUGCAUCAGGCAGGUGGUUCCUGUUGCAUGAUAAUGCACGCCCUCAUACUGCAAUUUGUGUUAAGACGGUUCCUCGCACAGCAAAAGUAUUUACAUGUGAUGUAUGA